AUGCAAUCAAUGAAUAAUACACAAAUAUCAUUUCCAUCUUCUAUCACUUGUAUUCAUCAUGAAUUUGUGUGUCAAGUGAUGAAACAUCCACAAAAACUAGCUGUUGAACUUGAUGAACAAUCCAUGACAUAUGCUGAACUUCUACAUUAUGUACAAAUAUUAUCUUUGCAUUUGAUUAACAAGUGUCAUGUUGUUCCAGGUGAAAUUAUUUGUCAAUGUGUUGAGAGAAGUUUGUCGAUGGUUAUUGGUAUAAUGGCGAUUGAAAUGAUUGGUGGUGUAUAUUGCCCAUUAUCACCUCGAGAUCCACAACAUCGUUUACAUGCACUCACAGAACAAGCACAAAGCCAUCUUGUUCUUGUUCAUUGGUUGACGAAAAUGAAAUUUAAUAAUGAUAUUCUUUUGAUUGAUAUUCAAUCAAUAUUGUUUAAUAAUGAUGUAAUGUGCGAUGUUAAUGUUCACCGACUAUCAAGUAUUACAGUCACACCUAAUAAUAUUGCUUAUAUCAUUUUCACAAGUGGUUCAACUGGAAUACCAAAAGCGAUUCAAGCACGCCAUGAAAAUUUCAUUCAUUUUAUGAACUCAUUGGUCAGGAUCGACGUAUUCAACAAAAAUGAUACUGCAGUUCAGAUCGGACGAUGCUCAUUUGACAUUCAUGUUCAAGAAAUACUUGGCACUUUGAUGAAUGGAGCUACAUUGAUUAUGGUUCAUCCACGGGGAACAAUCGAUUUUGACUAUCUCUCCAAUAUCGUGCAGAUGAAACAAAUUACAUAUAUGUUUAUGGUUCCAAGUUUAAUUCAAAGGUUUUUCACAUUUAUCGCACAAUCUAGCAAGACAACCACUUCAAAAUAUUUUCGAUCACUUUGCAGUGGUGGCGAACCAUUCUCUGUUAAACUGAGUCAUCUCAUAGCACAGACCCGUCUGUGUGAGUAUAAUGUAUGGAAUUACUACGGUCCGGCGGAAAUAACAAUCGCCUGUACACUUCACCUUAUUCAUGUUAAAGCUAAUGCUGGAAGCAUUCCAAUUGGGAGACCGCUUUCAAAUUACCGAUGUAUAAUUAUGAAUCAACAUUUACA